AGAAAGACAUAACUGCAGAAUGCGAGUACUGAUAUUCUUCUACCUUCUUCCAUCAUGUUACUGCCAAGGCUUCUCAGAAGAUAUCCAAGGCUUCUUAGAAGAUAUCCAUGGCUUCUUAGACCAUCCCGGUAUCGGGUGGUUACAGUCAACUGGAGCAUGGGGGUGGUUUUAUUGUAACCGUAGACUGUUUGAUAAUGCGAAAGUAUGGAUAUACGACAAGGAAAAUAUAAAAGAUGCAAUGCUGUCUGGACCUGAGAAAUCGAACCGGAACGGCUCUGGAUAUAGUAAUUUUAGAAUCGUAGGCACAACGAGAGAAAUAUCAAAAAUCGAACCAUACCUCUAUGUCGAGCACUGGUGCAAUCGAAAAAAGGGCCAGACUCCCAUUCACUUCUGCCUGGACAUCCCAUCACAGUAUGUAACUUAUGGUAGUCAUGCAAAGAAUUUGUGGCAUCUCGAAAUGGAGCUCUCCAAAAAGCAGGAAGGGCAAAGAAGUUGCUAAGUUGCACGAGAUGAAUAAAGAGUUUCCCAAAA